CUAGGUUACCGUCAUCACAACAUCCGCUUGUGUCCACACUGUCAAAGAUGGCGGCUCCCAGGUUACCUCUUGCUGCUCUCUCUCUGAAACAGUUCCUCCAGAGGCAGAAGGUGUUGGGGAUCUACAGAAACAUGCUGAGGACCAUCAAGAAGGUUCCAGAUGAGGCGGACAGGAAGUACCUGAGAGACUGGGCAAGAGAUGAGUUCAAGAGGAACAGGAACGCCACGGAACAGGACGCCAUCCGGAUGAUGAUCACGCAGGCGAACAAGCACCUGGAGGAGCUGCAGGGGUCUCUGGCGUUGGCAACCCUGAUCCGCUAGGAGUCCGUGUGUGUGUGUGUGUGUGUGUGUGUGUGUGUGUGUGUGUGUGUGUGUGUGUGUGUGUGUGUGUGUGUGUGUGUGUGUGUGUGUGUGUGUGUGUGUGUGUGUGUGUGUGUGUGUGUGUGUGUGUGAGAGAGUGUGUGUGAGACUAUGGAAACAGGGAACCCCCUCCCCACUGUAGACUCUUCUCUAACUGCUUCUCGAGGACGGAUGAAUGGACGCUAUGGACUCUGUUUCCACCAGGGAGCCAGACUCUUCUUCAUGUGAUACACCAUGUUAAAUUUUAUUAUGUAAUAAACACGGAUAACUGAAA